GCAGUGAGAAAGCAUGAAGCCCUCUGUGCUGUUUCUCAUCUUCUGUGAGUACUUAAGUCUUUUUAUCUUUGUGCUUUCAGGACGAUCUCAGAUCGGGUUCAACAGAGAAGUCUUCUCUUCUUUAUCACUUACCUGCUCUUUUGGUUUUUAGGUGUGCUUCCUGCUUCGCCAUCACCUGACAGCAAAAACGAAGGUACUGAGCUCUUUUAAUCUCCACUUUUGGGUUAUUGUAGGAUAAACAUGUUUGCUGAACUGUCUUAAAGACGAAACAAUAAUUCACUCUUGAUUUCAGUUCAGCUGAAGAAGAGAUAAAGCAUGCGAGUCUCAUAAGGCAGAGUGGUGCAGUUUCAGUGGGAUGUGGAAAAUGUUCAGUGGUAGCUGGUGACACGUUCGAGCUUUUGCUAAAGAUAAUUUCUUCAACACUCACAGUCAAGAUGAUUUUAGCAAACAGGAAAUAUAAAGACCUGAAAUCAGUCAAAUCAGUUUUAAUAAAGUUUAAUGCAUUUUUCAAUCUCUCUGUUUAUUUAUCCCAACAUGUUUAAAAAGGUAAUGUUAGCUUGCAGAGCCAUUAAAACACACUUAAAUUACAUAACUCCGUUUGAAGAGGGUUUGGGUUUUUCACUUUGACAGUAAUUGUGAUUGUUUGAAACUGACCAGGUCCUUUUCAGUCGGAUAAAGAGUUAAUUUGUCAGUUCUGUGUCGGUGGUUUUAAUUGUGGUUCUCACGACUCUUUUCUUGAGGAUGAAGGAAACACAGUAAUCCAUCUCUGGGACUAUAAAGGAGCAGUUCAAUGAGUCUGAGGAGUGUUGACUUACAAGAUCCUUGACUUGAUCUUAGACACGCUUUCAAACUCAGCCUCAUCUAUCUUGUUUUUUUGGCUGGAGUUGUUUGAUCUGUCUCCAAAUAUUAUGAAUUUAGUUUUGCUUGAGUUCAGUGUAAACUUAUUUAAAUCAAACCAAUUCUUCAGUUUCUUGAACUCAUUAACCGCAGGAUUAUAGGUGAUGGAAACUUCCCGUGUCCAAAAUAAGUUGAAGAACUGCUCCUCUUAUUUCAAAGUUUUACGAGGGUUGUCUCUAACGCUGUAGUCAUUCACAGAUUGAUGUUUCUGUCUUCCAGUCCUCCAUCUACACAUGGUUCCCAGUAGGUCUCAGUUCUUUAAGUACGAUUCGGUCUAUCUGAGCUGUGAGGCGUCAUCCAGAGGUGGUCUACCGAAGUGGAUUAUCUCCAAAGGAGUCGAGUCCUGCCUGAGUGGAAGGAAAAGUCUGAAAGUCUCGACCUGUAAUUUAAGUGACCUGUACCCCUUUGACAGUGGACUUUGCUGGUGUGAGACAGAGUCAGGAGACAGAGGUCCACCUGUAAACAUCAGAGUCACAGGUAUGAACCGAUGACUGAAACAGGUUUGACAUUAACGAAUCAACGAACAGACCGGACAUGCUAAUAUGAAGAAAACUGUUCAACAGUUGGAGGGCUUGUUAUCUAAACUGAGACGUAUGAAGACUGUUUAAUGCUGAGGUAAAACUGCAUGAUCCUCUAAUCCACCACUGUAGAUCUCAUAGUCUCCUUCUCUUUGUCCGGGUCUCAGGUGGUCCUGUGAUCCUGGAGAGUCCUGUCUACCCCGUGAUGGAGGGGGACAGUGUGGCCUUGCGCUGUGCAGAGAGGGAGACCUCCUCCAGGCUGACAGAUUUCUAUAAAGAUGGCCGCCUCAUUGGGAGCAGCUCCACAGGAAACAUGACCCUCCACAGGGUCUCCAAGUCCAACGAAGGACUGUACAUGUGCAACAUCUCUGGAGUUGGAAGUUCACUCAGCAACUGGCUUUCUGUUCGAGGUGAGACCAUUAUUGAUAUCUGCUGCUGCAAACGCACCGUUCAGUCCUGCAGAUAUGAUAACCAAUCAGAUAGUCAUGAUCAGUGCAACCAUAGCUUCACUUUGGCUUUGAGGUUUGAGUUUAUUUUGUGGAAUAAAGUUCAAAGCCAACGUUGAGCCUUCAUGUCUGUUAGACCUUAAAAGACCUGAAACUCGAGAUAAAGACCAAACAUCCACUCAGGAAAGGUUCAGCUGAAGGUGGGGUAGACAGGAUCUGAGGAAGUGCCAGUUUUUGAAAGAAAUCCUGAACGUCAACACAAACAGACGCUCCUGCUCGCUCGUAUCGUUCCAGUUAAAUUCAGAUAUAAUGCAGAUAAAUCCUUCAGAUCAUUACAAAUGGGGCCCAGUCAAGGUGAAAGUCAAAAGCAUUGGUGCUACUGUAGAUGCCAACAGACUACCAGCAAACACAAUGUUUGCAGGACUUCUACAACGAGGAUAAAGUGACAUAGUCCAGGACCCGAGGGAGGACAGUUUAGCGAUGGCGCUACAACACGCUACAGCAGGUCCGUUUGACAAGAAACACUUCUGUUACAGACACUUGUCUUACUUUGUUAAAGCGGUUUACCUGUCCAGCAGAAAGGUUACAGGGUCACCAAGAUCCCCAAGCGUCCCCCAUGGUUUAUGUUGACCCGGCUUUUUAGCUCUUGUCCGGUCUACCUCCGUUUUAAGCGCCCGUUAUUCCUCCAGAGUCUCCGAUAUUUACUUUGUUUUCUUGCUUGUGUCGGCAGUCGUGGCCAAAGGAGGAUUCAGACAAUUUUCCGAACUUUCUGGUUGGUUUCUACUGUCCGAUAUUGUAGCACGCUAACUUUGUUUGGGCUCGUGAACAUUAUUCAAGGAAUUGGAGCACGCCCCACAACACGAGGGAGCAGCGUCUGUCAUCACAACGAAUCAGGUUGGCUUUGUUUACAGUCAGAAAGAGCGGACCGCUCAAAAAUGUUCAAAUGUUGACGACACAGACAUAAGAGAACACAGAGAUAUCGUUAUACUCCCAAAUGUCAUCAAUAACUAAUAACUAUUGACUGAUAUUAAAAGAUUUUUGUGUGAACACCACAAAAAAAAUGCUUCUUUAACGGAAUCCCGCCUACCCCACCUUUAAGGCAUAAACUACCUGGGAAGGGGUACCCGCUCUCACGGAUAUUUAUACUAUUACAGUCUCCAUCUGCUGGCCGGUGCAAGUAUUGCAGUUUAAGCUCACGUUGCAGCUUUUGCAGCUUUUGCAACUUUUUAAGUAUGUGUACAACCAUUUUCCUUCAAGUCUGAAAGAACAAACUAAAUAAACAAAAUCUGACUGAUUUUAAUCUUGAUAUCAAAUUAAGAUUCAGUUCAUCUCCUUCCAGUUCCAGACCGUCCAGAUCCUGAUCCUCCUGUGAUGCCCGUCCACAGAAUUAUCUGUCAUGUCGUCACAGGGAUUCCUUAUCUGCUGUCCACCAUCAUGCUGGCACUCAUACACAGGGACAAGAGGAGAGGUAAUAACGCACACCUGGACCCUCGUUUUUUUUCAGUAGCUGUUAUUGUUUGACUGAUAUUUGCUGUUUUUCCAUCACAUUACAGCCUCUCAGUUUGUUGCAGUGGACCGGCGCCACUGUGUCGUCAUGGAGAUGGAAUAAGAGACAGAAAUACAAACAGAGGGCACUUCUAAGUGUCCUGACAGUCAUAUUUUUAAAUAGUUUUGUUUAUCUUUAUGUGAUAUUGUUCCAGUUAUUCUUCAUUUUGUGUCCAUGAACCUUUAGUUUGUAAAAUUCUGAUUUACCUGUUACAUAAACCCCGACUCCAGCUUUACACUUUGUUUUAAAUUUCUUGUGGAUGUAGCUUUUAUUUUUUUAUAAAAAAAAGUAUUUUUAUUAAUUUGUCGUUUUAAUAUCACUGAAAUGAUAAUUAAAGGGUUUGGAUGGGGUUGUUUCUGAUUUAUACCACAGCUCUAAUUUCCCAGCUGAACUUGAAUGCACCAUUAACCCCCCUCCGGAACUAUCCAUGGUGCUGAAACCCUGGAUUCCCGUAACCCCUGAAUACCCCCCCUCCUCCUCUCCCGUGUUACAUGUUAAAACGCACCGUCUCGUGCCGUCAUAUUGGGUCACGUGAACAUAGCACACCUGUUUUUGUUCUUUAAAAGAGGUACGGCGGCAUGGUCCUAUGUCUCGUGCUCUGGGGCGUCACGGAGAGGAGGAGGGGGGACGCGGUAACGUCAAAGAAAA